AUGGAUGGUCCCAAGGUUGCCGAGCAGCCGGCUUCCCGCACAGAAACCCUGAACAAGUAAGGAUUUUCUUUCCUCUGUCGUCGCGGUCAUGGUCAUUAUUCUUGACUUUGAGUUUGUGGUCUGUGUUCUCCCCGCUCAUCACUCAUAUGUGAACUCCGGAAUUGUGCUCCUUGCUAUCAGGGAAGCCCCACGGUUGGUGGCGCUGUUGAAGGAGAUGAAGAACGGGUUAGAUUUGGUGAGGGGCAAAGUGGAAGCUCUGACGUCCAAGGUGGGCGCAACGUUUUUUUGCAUUUUUUUCUUUUGAAUAUCAGAAUUUUGAGACAUUCGACCCAUGCUGUUCUAUAUUGAUUCUUCACAGGUGAGAGAGAACCAGUAUCCAACAGGGGAGGGAAUGAGCUAUCUGGAUGCGAAGCACCUCCUUCUUCUGAGCUACUGUGAGUGUAUCGUUUACUACCUGUUACGCAAGGCAAAGGGGCUCUCAAUCGAGAAGCAUCCCGUCAUACAGAGUCUUGUAGAGAUCAGACUGUUUCUGGAGAAGGUCUGCUUAUUCCUCCUUUCCGGUUUAUUAUGAGUUGUUUUCUAUGACGCGAAGAUCAUGAUGUGUAUGCUAUAUGGUACACAGAUUCGCCCAAUAGAUAAGAAGCUCGAUUACCAAGUCCAGAAGCUUACAAGGGCUGCUAACACUGCGCUGCCAAACAAAGUGGCGUCGGAUGGAGGAAAAGAUAAUUCUCAGGAUGCAGGGGAUCCGCUGAAGUAUAGGCCGAACCCUGACAUGCUCGUCAGCAAAAUCGAUCAGGACGCUCAGGUGAAUAGAUUUUCUCCUUCCCUCUUUACAAGCUGCAUUAGUGUGUCUAUUUGGUUUCCUCUCAGUUGGUUCUGCCUCAGUAUACUUACGUUGGCUCUGCUCUGGAAGAAGCAAAUGCACACUGGAAAAACCCUGAUCGCCCUUCUUGUGGAAAUAAGUCAAACACAUUCCUGACAACCUGCUUGAUCAUUAAUGGUUUUGGUAAUCAUUAUCGCAACGUUUUAGCUUGCCUUACUUGGCUCAGUUGACCGCAAUAGUUUCCUUCUGGAAAUUCUGUUUUAAUUUUGCCGGGUAUCUAAAGGGGUGGUCUUGGAAUGAUUCAGGGUUUAUUUCCUAUGAAAACUAUAGAAAUUCGACCUCAAGAUAGAUGCCAAACCCUUUGAUCGAGCCAUUUUAAUUUCAGGGAGCGACUCAUGUUCAGGCUCUGUUGUUGUUUCUAAUUCAGUCGCAGAAAUGGUAUCAUCUUACUUGCUUUUGCUGCAGAAUGGAUCGGGUGUCUACCGCCCUCCUCGCUUUGCACCUACAAGUAUGGACGAUGAUGACAAGAUAUCAAGGAAGGAAAAACAGGCGAUGAGGAAGGACAGAGAUGUGCUGAUGCGAGCAAAACAGAGCACGCUGGCAAAGGAGCUCAUGGAUGAGAUUGAGGGGAGGCCUGAAGAGGUCGAUUCUGCAACUCACUCUUUUUUUUCUUUUUCUUUUUCCACAAAAUUCCAAUCUCUUCAUAGUCCCUGCGGCUCCUGUUGCGCCUGUUUGAGCCUUUUGUGCUUUCUCAUGAUGUGCAGUUGAGAGAAACGAUCGGUGCAGAGAGCAGGGAUGUUACAAGGUACAAAGCAAUGCUAGAAGAGCGUGCGAGGCAGGAAGAGGAGCUCUUUAUCCGUGCUCCUGUUACCAAGCUUGAUAAGAAGAUGGAGAAGCAUCUCAGGAAGUCGAGGAACGGGUAUGCCGCAUUUCAUCCCUGUGUUAAUGGUACUUAUCGUCAUCUCUCUUCCAUAUAUCGAUAUUGCGGUCAUGACUUCUCUCUUCUUCUUCCGCUUUAGUAGAUCACAUAUUUUCCUCCUUUCUGUAUCAAACACCAUCAAUUAUUCUACGUCAAUGCGUUUCUUGAGUAGAGAAGCUUAGAACAAUUACCCAGUCGCGUCCCAGUUUGACCGCUCGAAAUCUAAAUGAGAAGGGAUUUUCUUUUUUCGAGGGAAUGCCCCCAUAAAUGAUGGCCAUAACGAUGGUCAUAACUUAACUAGAAAACUCAGACGGAAAGGACCCCCGAUGCCCCAGUUGAGGGGGCAUCGACAGAGAGAAAACUGAUCAUGUAUUUCAACCUACGCAUGCAACUUGAGAGGUAGGCUUUUCGUUUAACACGAGCAGUGCUAUGACCUGGUUCAUAAGCUUCAAAAUUCCGGUUCAAGAAGUAGAUAAGAAAAUGGGCGGCUCCUAUUUUCGUCUAGAGAUAGGAAUUGGUAUGAUACCUCUGCCCUUUCGAUUGCAUUCCCUCUUUUGGUUCGGUUCUGCUUGCUACGUCGCCUCUUCUUAUAUGUCGAUGAAGUUGGUUUUUCUUUUUAGAAGCUCUCCACUCAGAAUCGGCGCCUGACGUCGCCUUCCAAUGACCAUGCAUCAGGUUGCUCGGGUUAUCAGAUUUCUUUGAUGAUGUCAGAGCCUUACCUCUGGGGAAGUCCGGCGAUCCCGAUGAACCCAGCUUCAUGAAUCCUGGGCAGGGAGGAAAGAGAUUCAAGAAGCGCAAGGUAGAUGAGAGGCUUUGA